AGUUUCACAAGGGCAAUUGGGAACGAUGAACUGUCAUAAAAAAAUAGGUGCUCUUAACAGCCAAUAUGAUAUUGUGAAACAGUGAAAUUAACGAUUGUAUCAUAGAGAGGGAGAUGCAUAACUAUCAGUUCCUAUGUGGGAGCAAGUUUCUCGAAGAUCGACCACGUGGUGAAACAAACUAGAUCGACCCAGUUUUGGUCAACUUUGAGUCUUUAUUCAUAUGGGAGGGAUACCAGAACAGUUUUAUGAGAAGGGGCCCCUUUUACGUGGGCCAUAUAAGCAACGCCUGCUGUCACAAGUGAAACAGAGUCUUGCACCCCCUCGGCGAUACGCACAUCGGCAUCAGAAUGAAGUUCGGAGUUCUCUUCACAAUGGCAGCUGCUCUGCUGCAAGGUGGAUACGGUGGAUUCGUAUCUAUCAAAAUGCCAUAUUUGAAUCCAGCCGGAGUAACUUACAUAAAUGAUAUCCCAUCCGAAGGACACCUUGCAUACAGUGUCCCUGCUAAAGUUGAAACCGAACACAUUGGAUAUGCCGCCGCCCAAGUACCAGCAGUGGCUGCUGUACCAUAUAUCAAACACCUGCCAACUGUUUCUCAUGUACCAGUUACGAAAAUUGAGGCUCAACCUGCCUUCUUGGAAAAACAAUUGGACGUUGUAAAACCAGCUGUUUCCACUCGUAAAUUUGAAGUACGUCGUCCAGCAAUCCAGAAACAAUUCUUCGACAUCGAAGAACGCGUGGUCGUUCGUCCAGCUGGCUCAGCGGUAGUUGAGCUUGAUCAACCCACUUCCAAGACUCAAAGAGGACCAGCUGUUAUUCAACCUUUGCAAUCGCAGUUCUCGAAUCUUCAAGCAUCUUCGUCGCUGCCAUCUAUCCAAGCAUAUCCGUCGCUGCCAUCUCUGCAAGCAUAUCCGUCGCUGUCAUCUCUGCAAGCAUAUCCGUCGCUGCCAUCUCUCCCAUCUCUUCCAUCUCUUCCAUCUCUUCCAUCCCCGUCGUUGCCAUCCCUUCCAUCUCUUCCAUCUUUGCCGUCUCUUCCAUCUCUUCCAUCUCGUGGAAUAGAAUCUUCUAGUUCAUCAUCUAACGAAGAUAACGAAACUGUCACGAUCGACAAUCCUAACUUCCGCAAACUGAAUGCCCAGAGCAGAGAUCGUGUAUCUGCAGCUCAAACGAGAAAUGGUGGACAAUCAGACGAACCUCUCGUUGCACGUGAUCCUUCGCCAAACGUUGUCCUCAGCCCCAACUCUUCCCCUGACAGAGACCAAGAAAACCAGAACAGACUGCUCGAAUUGCUCACUGCUCGUGGCAAUGUUGCCGAGGUUGGCUUUGGUCGCCUCUUUUCCCAAUCUGCAAUCGGAGACGCUGGAAAGAUUCGAGGACGUGUGAUCUCUGCUACUCCAGCUCCGGAAUCAGCAGAACCAGCUGACGAACGCGUCUCUACGCGACGUGUCGUGGUUAGCAGGCCGAUCGAAACUCUUCAGGAAGUAAACGUGGUGGAACCUGCGACUAAGAUCGAAAGAGUGUCUGUGCAAGAACCUACCUACAUAAAAACAGCACGUCUUGAUCAUGUUCAGGUUCACAGUUCUGUACCAGUGGUCGGAAAGGCUCUUGCACCAACAAUUGCCCAUGCUGCAGUUCCAGUUUAUCAGAAGACAAUCUCACCAGCUUAUGAGUAUUAUCAUUAA